GUUUCGUGUUGCCGGAAGUCGAGGAGAUUGACGCAGAAAGUGUGGGCCGCUCUUCAGAUCUCGGAGUGUGAAGGCUUCUAGUAACAUGGGGAAGCAAAAGAAAGCGAGGAAAUACGCGACCAUGAAGCGAAUGCUUAGUUUACGAGAUGAGAGAUUAAAAGAAAAAGAUCGAUUAAAACCAAAAAAGAAAGAGAAGAAAGAUCCCAGUGCUCUCAAAGAAAGAGAAGUUCCCCAGCACCCGUCCUGCUUGUUCUUCCAAUAUAACACACAGUUGGGACCCCCUUACUACAUCUUGGUUGAUACCAACUUUAUCAACUUCUCCAUCAAAGCCAAGUUGGACUUAGUGCAGUCAAUGAUGGAUUGUCUAUAUGCCAAGUGCAUUCCCUGCAUAACUGACUGUGUAAUGGCUGAAAUUGAAAAACUGGGACAGAAGUAUCGAGUAGCCCUGAGGAUUGCCAAGGACCCACGCUUUGAACGCUUGCCGUGCUCACACAGAGGAACAUAUGCAGAUGAUUGCUUAGUCCAGAGGGUCACUCAGCAUAAGUGUUACAUUGUGGCUACAGUUGAUCGAGACCUUAAACGAAGAAUCCGGAAGAUCCCUGGAGUUCCUAUCAUGUACAUUUCUAAUCAUAGGUAUAACAUCGAGAGAAUGCCGGAUGAUUAUGGAGCCCCUCGAUUGUAACAUCAAGAGACUGAACUUCUGUGAUGGCAGUCUACAAAACACCAUUCUAGUCCAUUACUUGUCGUAUUGUAUAAAAUGGGGUUAUAGAGAUUUACUUUUUUGUCCUGUUCUGAAAUGAUUUUUGUAUCUUAAUGAAAAACUCAUUUAAUUUAUACAUAAAUCACUUCUGUCCAGUCAUUUCUAUAGA